CGGUGCUACGGCGGGCUUACGCCAGCCUGAACCAUUUUCAUUAUAGAUAAGAUUGAGAUACAACACGACGGUUACAACAGAUAUCACCCGACACAUAUGAGAAGGAACCAGGAACAAAAAAUAGAAGAUGGAAUAAGGAACAACAGAAAAAGAACCAGAAGCGAGCUAUGACAAGCAGCCAACACCAAGAACUUAGCAUCCAUCACCACCAGUGGACCGAGAAGAGCGGGAACUAGCUUUGUUGGAUCCGUCGAAAGGACAUCCGCCACCGAGAAGACGUAGAGAAGAAGUUGCAUGUUACCAUGCGAUCUCUGCACCUUGAAGAGCUAGGAGAUCAUAGCCACCAUCAAAGAGCAUCCUGCUGCCUAGGAACGUCGCGGCAGAGAAAGCCACAGACCGUGCCGAAGGGCAAUUUUCCGCCGAGAUAGUCCUACACCUCCUCUGAGCCACACCACGGCCACCAUCACAAAUAGAGAGAACCAUAGCACUCCGCAGGCCACCAAACCUCAAAAGCCACUGAAGGGUGCCGAACGCGAGACCUCACCGCCGCCACGAGCCCCAAAAAGAGAGGUCAACCAUCAGCAUAGGAUGACCAAGGUACUGGUCGCCGCCACAGAGCACCUCCACCGCCACCGCCCUACAAACCAACAACCUAAACCAACACUCCAACCCAGACAUCAGACGACCAACCGCGGAUCCCUGGCUCCUGAGACGACGCCCCCAAGGGGGAAACAACAUUGAAGAUGUCGUCGUCGUCCGAUCCAGAGAAGGAUAUGAGACUUUCGCCCGAAGCACAAAGAAAUAGCCGGCAACGGUAGCUCCCCAAUGAUGCCUUCACGAAGGGACACAGCGCCAGGAGACGUCGUCAUCACCGUCGCCGACGAGGUCGGCAAUAGGCUUUCGCCCGAAGCAUCCCAGCCUGGCUGACUCCGCAAACGCCGGCCGCCAAGUCCGGCAGCGCUAGACCUUCCCCUCUCCUGCCAGUCCACGGCGAGCGUCCCCGCUUGGUCCAGCAAGAGUCAUCCGCAAACAAAGCCGCUCACCUCGAGCACCUGCACAGACAGAGUUGGUUCUGUCUCGGCUGCCACCUGCACCCAACCCCUCACCGCCGUCCACAACACCACACCACCACACGCCUACCCCGCCUACAGCAGCCACCACUGACCCCCUAGCCGCAUCCAUGGAGAGCACCAGCCGAGCGAGCCACCGCCCCAGAGAGGUCCAGAUCUGGGCGAAGAGAGGCACCCAGACCAGGCAUGGUAGUCACCAGGGUCACCGCCACGGCCUGCUCCGCCACGCUGCGCUGACCACAACACCCGCCUAUGCCACUAGCCCCCGGUCGCGGUCGCGGGGACCGCCGGCCAAGGGAACGGGCCGCCGUCCGAAGGGAGCGGGAUCUGGAGCUCCCCUGGGCAAAGCGGCGUCGGAUCCUUGGAGACCCAGCUGCCCACGCCUCCGCGCCGCUCGCGCCGGCGCACUUCGCCACCAUUGCCGGUGCGCGCCCCCGACCGCCCGCGCCCGCCCGCGAGUCCCCGUCGCCGGCCAGCGUCCCGCGCCCCCACGCCUGGAGAAGAGGAGGGAGAGUCGUCCCCGCCGGCGCCGGCGCCGAGGGCUUUGCCCAGGGACGCCCUCCGGCGGCGGCGGGAGGAGGAGGGGAGGCGAGGGUGGCUGUCGGCGGCGGCUGGGGUUUCUCCCGAGCCGCCCGCGAGAGCGACACGGGAGUCCAGCCCUCCGUCGUUAUGUUCUAUUAUCAAACGGAGGUUCUACAUCUGGAGGCAUCCUUCCUAGGGACUGCACGUGUGAUUGGGUGGUUCAGUCUAAUGCUUGGCACAUAUAUCUACAACCACUACUUAAAGCAUAAAAAACUCAGGAAUAUUCUUAUGUUUGCACAUGUUGGCCUUGUGAUAAUUACUGUAUUGGACAUUUUACUGGUGUCAAGAUUACAUAUUCAGUAUGGAAUAGCAGACAAAUACAUGGUGCUGUGGGGCUCUGCUUUGGCCGAUGCAAUCAACCAAUUCAAGAUGAUGCCGUUCCUAAUCCUCUCAGGACAGCUUUGCCCGCCUGGAAUCGAGGGCACACUGUUUGCUCUGUUCAUGUCCAUUAACAACCUCAGUUCGACAUUAGGUUCAUUCCUCGGAGCUGCAUUGACGUCAGCUUUGAACAUCUCAUCGGUACAGUUUGACAAUCUGGCGCUCGGCCUAGCUGUUCGGCUGAUGGGAACUCUCUUACCUAUCGGAUUUUUGUUUCUGAUUCCAAGGGACGUUACGGGACUAACAUCAUAGGAGAUGGGUUACAGACCUGAUCAUCAUUUUUUCUGGACUGGUCUGGUCUGUAUUCCCUAGUCUUACUCAUACAUGCAUAUAGAGAAAGCAAAUUGAAGCCAGCAGGAAGGUAGCUCUCUUUUGUUGAAAUAUGUAUACAUGCAUAUACUUGAAUGAGAGGAAGAGUGCAAUAGCUGACAUUACAAAGCGUUAAGCAAUGGCAAAACUGUGUAGCAAAUGUACUUGCAAGAACAUGUGUUACAUGGAAAGUGUUAUUGUUUAUGAUUUAGCUGUUGAUGUAUA